AAGGAGGCGUGUAUUGGUCGAACGUGGAGAGAAGACAGCAAAACACACUCUUGGAAAGAAAUGAGUUCGCCGGAGGCUGUGGAUUCCGGCAGGUUCUCCGGCCAGAAGUCGAACUUCUCUCAGACGUGCACUCUCUUGAGCCAGUACUUGAAAGAAAGAGGCUCUUUUGGGGAUCUCCAUCUCGGGACACCCAACACGACCCAGACAAUGAAUCUGCUGCCCAUGAUUGAGAAAUCGGGUCCUGGUACCAGACCUGUGACCCGGUUCACUAAUUUUGGAUCCAAGCAAGAAGAGACCACCAAGAAGAUCUGUUCUAGUACUGUGGCGAAAGGAGGAGAGGCUGAGAGCUCACAAAUGACAAUAUUCUAUGGAGGUCAGGUGUUUGUCUUCAAUGAUUUUCCGGCAGAAAAAGCUGAGGAAAUUAUGGUUUUGGCUAGCAAAGGAAGAACCACAAACAAUCCCAAUAUCUUUUCCUACAACAACUCAACAUUGCUGCCCUCAAAACCCGCCGAAUCUUCUUCCACAACAGUUUCUAUCACUCUUGGGAACCAGAAACCAGUUAACCCCAUUACUACAUCUGACUUGCCCAUUGCGAGGAGGCAUUCGCUUGCCAGAUUCUUAGAGAAGAGAAAAGAUCGGAUCACUUCAAAGGGACCGUACCAGAUGAUGGGCAGCAACACCAUGGUGGUUUCUUCAUCCAAGCCAGAAGAGAGCAACAAGGCUUGGCUGGGAUUAGGAGGAGCCCAAAUUACGGUCAAAAUCGAACCCCAAUCUUAACUUCUUUUUUCCUAAUUUGGGAUUUGAUGAUCAAUCACUGCAUUAUGUUUGAUGUGUAAAAACAUUAAUUAAUAGCUUAAACACCUAAUCUAUGGUUCAAAGUUACUCUCUUUGAGAUCGACAAAACAACAAAUCAAAUCAAUGUUCAUACCGUUGCGAUCUCAACGGUGUGAUGUUAGGACAAGGAUACAGUCCCACAUUGAACAUUUAGUCUAAAAAAGAAUAAUAUUAUAUGGAGUAUAUAAGAGUGAGAAAAAGACUAAACUAGGAUUAAACAUGGCAAAAGUACCAAAAUAUGAACUUUAUAUUUUUAUUUCCAAAAUAGGACCAAAAAAUAUAGUGGGAUGUCAUAAUGUCACGGUGCAAACUACUAUUUUGGAGAUAAAAAUGUGAAACUCAUAUUUUGAGGAUAAGUGCUACGUUUUACUCUUAUUUGGGACGUUUUCUUUAUGAGGAUAUGAGUUACUACUUGCUCUUCUUAUUGCCAAUUUGCAAUUGGUUCUGUAUUGGAAUUUUGUAGUUCUUCAAAACACUAAUCAAAUUGGGAUUUGUAA